AUGAGCACGUGGCAGCUCAUGUAUGAGAGCAGGCCAUGCUAUUUCAUACAAAGAUAUGCCUAUAUGGCCUACAAGUGGUCACAAAUUUUCGUGCCACUCCCUUCCCCCCUUUCAACCGUCUCCCACCGAAUGGUACGGGAACUAGCCUGGCCCUUGUCGACCGGGGGUAAUGCUGUACUUGCAGCAUGGGUUGUUUCGAGUCACGCGGAGUCUUCCCGAAGAACGCGGGGACGCCUGGACGGCCUCCGCGGAUGCUUCACGCACGCGCGAAGUCGUACCCUUUUGUCGAGCUUGGCCAUGUGGAAGUCCUCGUUGGAUCGGGGACUUCUGCCGUUGUAUCUCGCACGCGCGAGGUCGGCUCAUUAUACGUCGAGGCUGGACUUGAAUGUCGACACCGGUGUGGCAGUUGACAACGAGGGGGCUAGUACUUCCGGCAAUUCGGAAGUACUGGGCCUUUGUGCCUUCUUGCGUACCCGUUCGGUAGCCUUGGUUAUUGAUAGUUCGUGCGCACGCGAGGUCAACUCCUCGUAUGUGCAACGGACGCUAGUUGAUGUACCCCGAGUCGGCGCGUCAGAGCCGGGCUUGUGGGCUGUCAACACAGGCUUAGCUGUCGAGGACGAAGAGGUCAGUACUUCCGACGAUUCGGGAGUACUGUGCCUCUUUGGUUCCUCGAGUGCCUGCAUGGCCGACUUGGUUGUUGACAUGCUUGAGUUGCGCACACACGAGGUCAACUCCUCGUGUGUAUGGCGGGCGACGGCUUGA